GUACCGUUCGUGCGCCAUCUUUCUUUGACGACAAAAAUCCCCAUCUAUGUUAUGUUUGUUUUCAAAAAGUAUCGAAAAGUAUGAUAGAACACUAAAUCGCAUUAAAUAGCCGAAGCAUACUCCUGGUCUUCACCGUAUCUAACGUGUUAUAAUACAGUAAAAGUCUUCGGGAGACAUUUGUGGCGAGAUGUCGCUUGUGGAUUUGGGAAAGCGUUUGUUGGAGGCAGCACGCAAAGGACAGGAUGAUGAAGUGAGGUCACUUAUGGCCAAUGGAGCUCCUUUUACUACAGACUGGCUGGGAACCUCACCGCUUCAUUUAGCAGCGCAAUACGGGCACUACUCCACUGCUGAGGUGCUUCUCCGUGCCGGCGUGAGUAGAGAUGCCCGCACUAAAGUGGAUCGGACCCCCCUCCACAUGGCUGCGGCAGAGGGCCACUCAAGCAUCGUUGAGCUGUUGGUCAAGAGUGGAGCAGACAUCAAUGCCAAAGACAUGCUGAAAAUGACCGCCUUGCACUGGGCUACAGAACAUGGCCACAGGGGAGUCGUGGAGCUGUUGAUCAAAUACGGCGCUGAUACUCAUGCUCUCAGCAAGUUUGACAAGACGCCUUUUAACAUUGCAGUGGACCGAGGAAACACAGAGCUGAUGCUAUUGUUACAGGAGGGAAUGCAGAACCAAGUGAAUAUGAAUCCAGAGAGGACUAUCCUAGGGAGCACAUCACCCGCCACAUCCAGCCCUCAGUUCAUCAUCUCUUCCUCUGGAGUCGUCAAUCUCUCUGAUAUUGUUCUCACUAAUGCUAAGGCUAACACAGCAGGAGCUGCAGAGACUGGGAUUGCUGCUGAUUCGGUAGAUUCUGCCAUCCAGCAUCUUGUAGGGGAGGAUGGCCAGAGAGUCUUCACCAUAGUAACCGACCAACAGGGAAACCUGCAGACUGGCAACUUGGGACAGAAAUUCUUUGUCACAAUGCAGGGGCAGCAAAUGGUUGCAGUGCCAGCGGGUCAGAUUGCAGAGGAGAUCAUAACAGAGGACACCAAACCAGUCCCAACACGGAAGCGGAAAUUUGAAUCAACCGUCAACCACACAGAUGUCAAACACAAGGAGCCCACUGAGAAGGACAGUCGGAAACUACUGGAACAGCAGCUAAAAGAAGCAAACAGAAAAGCCCAGGAGUACAGACAGCAGUUAAUAAGAAAGGAACAGGAAGCUGAGCAGUACAGGCUUAAACUAGAGGCUAUUGCCAACGGGCAGACCAAUGGCACCAGCACAGAGCCCCAAGAGGAAGUGGUGCUCCAGGAAGAGGAAGAGGAGGAGGUGGUUGGCGAAGAGGAAGUUGUCAUGUUGCCAGAAGGGGCCAUCAUCAUUAAAGAGGAGCCCCUUGACUCAACAGCAGGAGAAACAGUAACGCUAGUGGAGACUGCAGAUAUUACAGCCAGCUCAGAGAGUCUGUCAUAGGAGCAAACACUCAGGAAUUACAUACACUCCUAUCUGUGUGCCUGGAGUGUGACAUUUGUAUUUAUUUAUUGUAAAUCAUAACCUUUUGUUUUUAUACUUCUUUUUUCCUCAUUGCAUUCAGUUUCUGUACAAACCUCUACAAAGAUGUAGCCUGAGUUGUAUUUAGGUGGCUUCAACGAUGCUGAGUUUCUCAGAUUGACUAAAUAGGAAGACCAGACGUGUCUUUUUAAUAUACAGCAGUGCAAGUUAUGGAAGUUUUAGUGAUAAUGCUUUUCAAUCAAGCCCUGUUAUGCACCUCUAAUGCAUACUGUACUAGAAGUCAAAACCAUAUUGUACUUAAAAGAAUGUUCUGGGUAGACACACUUUUGACUCGUUAAGUUUUAUCUAUAAAAAAAAAAUUCAAGUUACUUUGCACUUUGAUAAAAAUAAACUGAGACAGUUUUCUGGAGGUUUUAAAAACAUAAAGGUGAAGCUGAUAUUUUUGUAAAAUCACCUGCAUUAAGGAAUUAAUAUGAAAUGUUUUAUUUAAGAUGCAAAAUUGGCCUUUUUAAAAGAUAUUCAAGGUCAUUGAACCAUGAAAAUAUUGUGCAAAAAUGACUGGGUUUACUAGCUUAAUGCUUAUUGCCUGGUGGAGUGUUGAGAAUUAUUAUAACCACGAUUUUUCUUAAAAACAAAAGUGUAGGUCAAGUCAAAAUUGUAAUUGCAAAUGCAGUUAGAGGUAGAGGUUAACUUGAACUCGGAACAUUCCUAGUGACAUAAGACAUUUAGAAUGAAGGUUAACAAUAGAUUAUAUAACGAACAAUACUAGACAUUUUUCAAGAUAAGUUGUCUUACGUUAUGGCUUUGUGUAACAUUGACCUGCUCAUACAGGGUGAGACAUGUCUUAUUGAUGCAGUCGGCAUUGGGUGGUGUGAUAAUCCGUAGCUAGCUAUGUAUUUACUUAGUAACAGACUCAUGUAUUAGAAUACUUUUAGCUGUUUAUAAAGAUAAUUGACUACUUUCAGAGCUCAA